AUGGAGCCCCCCGCCCUCGCCGCCGUCCUGGCCUUCUCAGGGCUGGCGCUGAGCUGCUGCCGCGAGCCCGUUCUCUCCGAAUGUUAUACAGCAAAUGGGGCUGACUAUCGUGGCACCCAGAACCAGACCUCCCAAUAUGCAGGGAAACCUUGUCUUUUUUGGAAUGAGACCUUUGAGCAUCCUUAUAAUACUUUGAAAUAUCCCAAUGGGGAGGGAGGGCUUGGAGAGCAUAACUACUGCAGGAACCCUGAUGGAGAUGUCAGCCCAUGGUGCUACAUUGCAGAGCAUGAGGAUGGAAUAUAUUGGAAAUACUGUGAGAUUCCAUCCUGCCGAAUGCCGGGGAAUCUAGGGUGUUACAAGGACCAUGGAGAGCCACCUUUGACUGGCACCAGCGAGACCUCCAAUAAACUUACUAUCCAAACAUGCAUCAGUUCCUGCCGAAGUCAACAAUUUAAGUUUGCAGGCAUGGAAUCAGGUUAUGCUUGUUUCUGUGGAAAUAAUCCUGACUACUGGAGAUAUGGGGAGGCAGCCAGUACAGAAUGCAACAGUGUUUGCUUUGGAGACCAUACUCAGCCUUGCGGUGGGGAUGGCAGAGUCAUUCUUUUUGACACCCUUAUUGGUGCCUGUGGAGGGAAUUACACUUCUGCUACAGCUGUGAUCUAUUCCCCAGAUUUUCCCGACACAUACGGCACAGGCAAAGUCUGUUACUGGACCAUACAAGUUCCAGGAGCAUCUCAAAUCCACUUCAGCUUUGCCCUUUUUGAAAUCAAAGAUGCUACAGAUAUGGUGGAAUUGCUGGAUGGCUAUACCUAUCAUGUUCUAGCUCGUUUUAAUGGCAAGAACCGGCCUCCCCACACCUUUAACAUCUCUUUGGAUUUUGUCAUUUUGUACUUUUUCUCAGAUGAAAUCAAUCAAGCCCAGGGAUUUGCUAUCAGAUAUAGAGCUGUGAAGGACAAUGUGCCUCAAAACAAGAUUCCAAUGAAUCGGACCCUUUCAGAGAAGAUAAAUGAACAAGCAAAUCUUAGCAUCAAUGCAGCCCGGUCAUCAAAGAUACUUUAUGUCAUCACAACCAGCCCAAGUCAUCCUAGUAGCUCCAUGCCUGAGUGGACAAUAUAUAGUCUCACAGCACUGCUCAUCCUAAGUGUUACAGCCAUAAUAGCAAAGAUAUUUCUCCACAUAACCAUGAGAUCCCAUCAGAUACCAUCUGCAACUGAAACAGAAGAUUCCAGUGAGGUUACUACUGCUGGCGAGAUCUGGAGUAUCUUUUACCAGCCAUCCACAUCGAUAUCCAUCUUCAAGAAAAAGCUUCGAAGUCAACAAGAUGAUUGCAACCCACUAGUGGGAAACUGA